AUGAACUCUGAAACUAACUCUCAAGCGCCUAUGCAGACAGACGCGCAAACUCACCAGUUCGAUUCCAACGGACUCUAUAUAUUAGUCACCGAUCAAGGAGGCUCUUUCGGCACAAUCUACCACUGGGGACUUUACCUCCACAAAAGCGGCAACGAUGGGGAAACCUUCCAUAUUUCCAACUCCGAAGGCCCAUGGCUCUACCACGCUAAAUCCACUACGAGGGUUGUUUCAUCCAAAAGUCUUCUCGCCGGUCUCAAAGUCUCUACGAUUCGUCCAGAAACACACGAAGCUCUGAGAAGACGCCUUGCUGUAGUCCCGUUAGAAGAUACUGGAUUUGGGGAGCUUUCGUGUAUAACUUGGGUACUGGAUGCGCUUUUGGAACUUGACGAAGAGAAAGGUAUCAUUAUCCAGAAAGAUCGAGUACGAUAUAUGGAACUUGAAGCUAGGGAAUGGGCACAAAAGGCUACGAAGGAUAAGAAAUGCGUUAUUUUCAAAAGUAAAUACUACAGGGGGUAA